GGAGAUACAUACACUUAGGUCCAUAUAUAUUUGGACACUGACACAAUUUUCAUAAUUUAGGCUCUGUAUGCCACCACAACAGAAUUAAAAAUAAAACAAUCUAGAUGAAAUUGAAGUGCAGACUUUAAGCUUUAACUCAAGGGGCUGAGCAAAAAUAUAACAUAGAAUGCUUAACCAUUUUUAUACACAGUCCCCCCCCCAUUUUCAGGAGCUCAAAUGUAAUUUGACAAAUAAAUAUAAUCAUAAAUAAAAUGUUCAUUUUUAAUAUUUUGUUGAGAAUCCUUUGCAGGCAAUGACUGUCUUAAGUCUGGAGCUCAUGGACUUCACCAGAGACUGGUUUUCCUGCUUUGUGAUGCUUUGCCAGCUCGGUGCUGGAGUGAGUUUGCCUGGUGUGGUGGCUGCCAAGUGUGGAGCUCGUGUGAUUUUGUCAGACAGUGCUGAGCUCCCCCUCUGCUUGAGGAACUGCAGGCGCUCCUGUGACGUCAACCACCUCCCCAACGUACCUGUGAUCGGACUCACCUGGGGACAGGCAUCACCAGAGCUCCUCUCGCUGCCACCUGUGGAUGUUAUCUUGGGAUCAGAUGUAUUUUAUGAACCUGAAGAUUUUGAAGAUGUGCUUGUGACCGUCUCCUUUAUUGUGAGGAGAAACCCUCAUGCUCAGUUCUGGACUACCUACCAGGAGAGAAGUGCGGACUGGUCCAUAGAUGCCUUGUUACAUAAGUGGGAUCUGAAGUGCAUUAAUGUUCCAUUAGAAACAUUUGAUGCCAACAAAAACCAUCUCGCUGGAUCAACGCUUCCAGGGAAUCAUACUGUACAAAUGAUGAUUAUAACAAGACAAGUUUUUUAAUACAAUGGUGUUUGAAUUUUAUAAACUUGUAUAUAAUAUGAAAAUCUUUUUCUAAUUCUUUCCAACUCCAUCCAGCACAUAACAUCAUGACCUGACAAAGUUCUGCCGUGCAUUUUCCUCCUCCACUUCAAAAAUGCCAGAU